AUACUUGGUGAUUUGUAUAAAAAACCGAAGUCAAAAUGCUUGAGCUUUUCAGAACUUAAAGAUUAGAUAAAAUCUACCUUGCUUUUCUUCCACCAGAAAACAGAAAAGAGAAAAAGCAACAACAAUACAACUACUUCUGCCAAGGUCAAACUUUUAAUUUUCCUAUCUCUCCCUUGAUCUCUUCAAUGGCGGCCGCUGAUACUAGUAGUACUACGACUAAUACGCAACUACUGCUGCUCCAACAACUUCCAUAACCAGUCUAUCUCCUCUGCUCGUAAGUCGUAACUCGUUUGCUAUCAUUUUAUCAUACACAAAAAGAAAUGGCAAGUUUAUGGAGGAAGGCAAAGCUAGCACUGUGUUACUCCGUUCCGAGAUCGAUGGUCGAUGACGACAGAUUUCCUCAAUUAAGUGAGAGAGUUUCUCAUGUGUCAUUGCUUUCGCAACCAAAUGAUGCUGCAUCUGCCUGGAUGUCUAGGAGCUCUAGCAGGAAGCGCGAUUUCGAGAAGACUUGUUCUAUAUGCUUGGCCACAAUGAAGCCUGGAGAAGGUCAUGCUAUAUUUACUGCUGAGUGCUCACAUUCCUUCCAUUUCCACUGCAUCACAUCAAAAGUUAAACAGGGCAACCAGAUUUGCCCAGUUUGCAGAGCAAAGUGGAAAGAGAUUCCCUCAGAAAGCCCAGAUCUGGAUCCCAGAGGUGGAAGGUCCAGAGUAUUCCCUGCUGAUAUUCCUAUGCAGAACAAUGCUAUGAUGACUGUGGUUCGUAGGUUACCUUCUUCUCCCCGGAAUUCUAGUCGACAUGUAAUUCCACUAUUUCACGCUGCUGAACCAGCUGUGUUUGAUGAUGAUGAGCCUUUAGGCCGAACUGAAGCUUCCCAGAAAGUUAAUUCUGAUGCAAAUGGUAACUUGGCGAAAAUCAUAGGCAUUCGAGCUUAUCCGGAAUUCUCAUCUGUUCCACGGACAAAAUAUUGCAAUGAAUUCACUGUUCUGAUCAACCUCAAAGCAGCAGUUACCAACACAACACAAAAAUCUGGUGAAGACCAAGGCUUGCAGUCUGUUUCUCGAAUGCCCCGCACUCCAGUUGACCUUGUCACAGUGCUCGACAUCAGCGGCAGCAUGGCAGGUACAAAACUUGCACUCCUAAAGCGAGCCAUGGGUUUUGUAAUACAUAACAUGAGCUCCAACGACAGGCUCUCAGUUGUGACUUUUUCCUCCACCGCUCGACGUCUCUUUCCACUCUGCCGAAUGUCUGAAAGUGGACGACAGCAAGCACUGUUAGCUGUCAAUUCCUUGGUAGCAAAUGGUGGAACCAAUAUUGCUGAAGGACUCAGGAAAGGGGCAAAAGUGAUGGAAGAACGAAGAGAAAAGAACCCAGUUGCUAGUUUAAUUUUAUUGUCCGAUGGACAGGACACAUACACUGUAAAUGGAUCUGGAGGAAAUCAAAUUGCACCGAUCGAUCAGUUGCUUCUCCCUUUAUCAAUUCAGGAUAGUAAAAGAUCAGGGUUGCAGAUUCCAGUCCAUACUUUUGGGUUUGGCGCAGAUCAUGAUUCUUUCCUAAUGCACUCAAUUUCAGAGAACUCUGGAGGUACAUUCUCUUUCAUUGAGACUGAGGGAGCUAUUCAAGAUGCAUUUGCUCAAUGUAUAGGUGGCCUUCUGAGUGUUGUAGUACAGGAGGUGCUAGUGGAGAUCGAAUGUAUACAUCCUAGCAGUUAUAUUCAGUCAGUUAAAGCUGGGGGUUACUCAAGCCAGAUGAUGGGCAAUGGCCGAUUAGGAGUCAUCGACAUUGGUGAUCUUUAUGCUGAUGAAGAGAGAGAUUUUCUUGUUCAAUUAAACCUUCCAAUAGAGUCUUCUGGCAACCAUACAUCAUUGUUAAAGGUUAAAUGUUUCUUCAAAGAUGCCUUGACAAAAGAAUCAUUUGCAAUGGAAGGUGAAGAGGUCAUAAUUGGACGACCUGAUAGCUCUACAGGACAAGAAGAAGGAUCCAUUUUGGUAGACAGGCAGAGGAAUCGGCUCCGAGCUGCAGAGGCAAUGUCUCUAGCAAGAGCUGCAGCUGAGAAUGGAAGCCUAGGUGAUGCUAUAUCUGUUCUUGAAAAUUGUCGCGAGAUGCUAGUGAGAACAAUAUCAGCAAAAAGUCAGGACCGUCUUUGUGUUUCCCUGGAUGCUGAAUUGAAAGAGAUGCAAGAGAGGAUGGCAAGUAGGCAUGUAUACGAGGCAUCUGGAAGGGCAUAUGUACUAUCCGGCCUGAGUUCACAUUCUUGGCAGCGAGCAACUGCAAGAGGUGAUUCCACCGAUAGUUCAAGCCUCAUCCAAGCAUAUCAAACACCCUCAAUGGUUGAGAUGCUUAACCGAUCCCAGGCUACUCUUAUGAGUAGUCCUGGUCAAAGACUUGUUCGACCUGGUUGGCAACUGAAUGCAUUAAAACCGAGGUAAUUGGUCUAUUUUGCUAUUCCUGAAAGCUACAUUUACAUUGCAGCUGACUCAAUUUUUGUCUCUUUUGGGAUUAUGGGAACUCAUGUCAAGUGAAGUGUAUAAAUAAAUGAAUAAAGUUCGGGGAGGAGAUUGCUACAUCUACCCACUGGGUAGACUACCCAUUAGAAAUAGACUAUUAAAAAGUAAUUAAUUCCCGCUGAGUUUGACUCCACUGAUUAUUAAUGUCUAUCCCUAGUUGAAAGACUUGAAGGGAAUGAACGAACUCAUAGGUGAAUGUUAUAGCCCUUUUUCUGCCUGAUUCUUGGAUUUUUGAUCCAUGUAUCUUGAUUAUGGUGUACAUACUACAUAUUUGGUGAUUGGUUGCGCUUGUUUUGUUUGUCUAGGAGGAUUUUUGUAGAUCUGCACGUUGUAAGGAUCGUUUGAGUCGACGUCUGACUCUUUACUUCAUAUUUUAUUUAUUUUGUUAUAUAUAUAUGCACUUUCUUUCCUUUGUUA